AUGGCAGCCACGCAGAGCCAACCGGCGCAAAGGGAGAAGCAGCUCCACGAGCUCCUCUCCCGCGACUUGGUAGAUAUCUACGUCGGCUCCGAAAACACCCACUGGAUCCUGCACGAAAAGCUACUCUGCUACCGCUCCAAGUUCUUCGCCAAGAUCUUUUACUCUUCCUCUGAAAGCGGCUCCAACAAGGUCUUCGGUCUCCCCGACGAAGAAGACGAGCCAUUCCGCCUCUUCGUCGGCUGGCUCUACUCCGGGUAUGUGCCUGCGCCCAAGGAGGAGAAGGACCUCGGCGCGCUAUUCGACCUCUACCUCAUGGGCGAGAAAUGGCAGAUUGCUGGGCUGGUCAAGGAUGUGCUCGGGGCCGUGCGCCACUGGUACAAGUCUACCGACACCUACCCGGGAUUGCGCCGGGUGCAAUACAUCUAUGCUAACACGGACGAGUCGAGCGACAUGCGGAGGAUGCUAGUCCACUCGGUCGCGCGCAUGCUAGCGCUGAGAGACGACAUGCCGCAGCACUGGGAUAAGGCGCUGAGGAAGAAUGGCCAAUUGGCUGUGGACAUGAUCAGGAGCAUCCAGAAGUGGCACAUUGACCCCAGUGUCGUGCCGGAUGCGAGGGAUGAGCAGACGGAGACGGAGAAGGGGAAGAACGAUGAGAAGAUGGACAAGAAGGCGGAAGAGGUGGCGCAGAAGGAGAUCAAGGGCGAGGAGCAGGGUCAGAGCCAAGACCAGAGCCAGGGGAAGGAGAAGGAGAAGGAGAUCAAGAAGGAGCCGCAAGAGGAUACGGAGCAUCAGACGAAUGGGGUCGUGAACGGCGUUGAUCAUCACAGUGACGAGGACCACUGA